CGCCGGAAACCACAAAGGGCAGUGAAGUUUUGAUUUUCAAGGAGAAAGCCUCUGGUAAACUUUCGCUCAGCUGCCAGGAGAUCUGUUCGUUCCUGGGAGGAGCUAUCUGAAAGUCUGAAGACUCCUAUGCUCUUGAAGACCCAGAGAGGUGGAUUACAGUAAUUGAAAAGCUUGGGUGGCUUUGAAAGAUUACUGUUGUGUUUGGUGUGCGCUCACGUUUCCAGGCUAGGGGAACGAGCAGAGGAACCCCUUUUGUUAUCUUUUGAAAUAAGAAGAUCAGAGGGGAAGACGAGGUUUGAAGUGUGGAUUAGUGGGUCCUAAACCUUUGCCUAUCACCUCCGUCUGGAUCUUUAUAAAAAGAUCGAGGAGUGCAAUGAAUUUAGGGAACCAUGCAAAAUUUCCUUGCAGCCUGUCCUGAAACCUAGUUUCUGGACCCAGAUACUUUUCCAAGGGCAGACCUGCUUUGAUGAGGUCUUUCCUCCACCUGUAAAUGGACCAGGCAGUCUGAAUAGACCAGGAUCUCCGGGUUGAAAAUUUUAAGUCUCCUUUUCUGAGAUUAAUCUCUUGGGUGAUUUGUGGGCUUUCCGGCGAGUGAUGGAGAAACGUAAACCGGCCGCACUGCUGACCUUGCCGUACCACCUCCGCACCGCGUCCUUGGACGGGCCGGGGACCCUGACCCGCCUCCCGUUGCGGGACCCCUUCAGGGUCUCGCUGCGUCUGGACGCCGCGUGCUGGGAGCGGGAGCCCCGGGGCUGCGCCCCCAGUCGGCCCUGCCUACCCCUGCCGCUGGACGGCGCCUUCGAGCCCGCCUUCCUCCGCAAGCGCAACGAGCGCGAGCGGCAGCGGGUGCGCUGCGUGAACGAGGGGUAUGCGCGCCUCCGAGACCACCUGCCCCGGGAGCUGGCGGACGGGCGCCUCAGCAAGGUGGAGACGCUCCGCGCCGCCAUCCGCUACAUCAAGAACCUCCAAGAGCUGCUGGAGCGGCACGCCCAGGGGCAGGAGGGCCCGGCCGACGCCGGCUCCCCGCGCAGGGCCGAAUGCAACAGCGACGGCGAGUCCAAGGCCUCGUCGGCGCCUUCUCCCUGCAGCGAGCCGGAGGGCGCGACCAGCUAGCGAGCGCCGCCCCGGCCCGGCCCCCCGCGCCCGCUGCACUGCACGCGUCUGCAGGCUGGUCUAAGAUGCUGUCCGAAGGUGGUUUGCAUUUUUCUAGUGUUAUUUUUUCUCCAGGACCAAGUCUUAGGAAAAGGAAAUGAAUGUUGGAGGGAGUAAAUGUGUUUUGACGUUCUGGUUGGGUCCCCACCCUUCCUCCUGUUGGUUUUGUGCCUGCAACCUCAAGGUGCUUUUUAAGGAAACUCUCCCUGUGCUUCUCAAAUGCAAACUGUAACUGUAUCAGUCUGAGCAACUCAUUCGAAAAAAACCAUUUUGCUAAAAACUCAAAGGGCAAUCAACAAGAAUUUCCCACAGUCAGCGGGGUAAAUUAUGUACAAAAAUAAUUGAAAUAAUUUAACCAAAGAAGAGCUUUCCAAAAAUUCCUUCCUUUGGGAAUUACAUUCGAAGGUUGACUGACACCAUCCUUUGGGUGAAGGUGACUCCAAGUGGACAGUCGAGAACCCACUGACCGGGGCCUGCUGCUGGGUCAGUUUGUGCUGUUGACUGAAUUUGUCAAUGGCGAUACUAGAGAAGACGCUCUGUCUGUGAUACAUACUGUUUUAUCAGAAAGUGGCCAAUUGGAAACAUCACCGCUGUUAGCAGAUAAUAAUGUUAUGUUAGUGUUAAAGAUUUAUUUGGAAGAGAACUCAGAUUUGUAUGAAAACUUAUUUUUCCUCUCGGUUAUUUUGUCCAGUGUUUUUUUUUUUUUUUUCAUUUUCCUUUUCUUUGUAUCUCCCCUUGUAGUUCUCACUCCAUCUAACCUUUGGUGAAAUGAAAGUGAUACAGUUCUUUUUUUAAAAAAAAAAAAGAAGGGAACGUUUAGGUGUCUGAACAAGAUGGCUUGAAGGGGCUACAUUUUCAAACUUUUAUCAUCAUGAGGGCUUCCAGGUAGAUGGAAAUUAUCUUGUUUGAUUUCGACUUUGUUCUCAUCUUUGAAAAAUACUUAAUUUUGUUUUUUUUCUUGGAAACAAUUAUGAAUUCAGUAGAUAAUUCAAGUGCUUGUUGAGAUAGGAAAAUAAACUUCCUCUCCCUAAAAUUGUUUUCUAGUAUGUUGCAUUGACCUUUCCACAGAGGCAGCUUUGAAAUGGGUGCAGGCAGUGCAGCGAGGAAAUGGACAAGGCGAAAAAACUAAUAAUGGUGAACGCUUUCAGAGUAUUAUUUCACUUAAUUCCUGCACUGGCUCCAUGAGGUAGGUUUUAUUCCCCCCCCCAUUUUACAUAAGUGUCAGUUGAGGCAAGCUAAUUAAUAUUCAAUGAACAUUCUUUUACUUGCCCGGAAUUGUGUGUGCUUUUUACAUUUUGUCCAAUUUAAUUCUUAUAAAUCGGUGAGGUGGGUAUUACACAUAUUUUGUGGUUAAAAAGAAAUAAUAAGGUUCAGGGAGUUUACAUGCCUCUCGUCCAGAUUUGUGUUGCUACGAUUAGUUGAGCUGAGAUUCAAUCCUGAGUCAGCCUGACCGCAAAGCCCAGGCUUGCUGUCUCCCUUACCUUGCCAUCCCUUGCACUGUUAUUUGCUAGCCUGGUGAUGGAGUGAACGUUACUUAACCUCUCAGCAUCUCAGUUUCCUGGUCUGUACGAUUUCACAGGAGAUGUGUAGGUAAAGACCUUGGUAAUCUGCAAGGUACAACCAAGUGACAGUAGUAGUAUUAUGCAGAGAAUGUACUCUCUCUGUUCCGUGCAACGUAAUGCCUGGUUAACAAUGAUCCCUAGUGUGGAGAUUUCUUCAGUAUUUCAAAAGGACGGAGUAACCACAUUCUAUUAGGAUUUUACCUUCUGUUGUAGGACAAGACUUGCCCCUUGGAAUGAUGAAUCCAUGUUAAAACAUUUAAUUACUAAUAUUUAUAACAAUGAAUUAUAAUGGAAUUCUAUUAUUGCCAGCUAUACAGAUGAAUACUGUUUGGUUCACAACCAAACUAUAUUUCUUAAGAUUUGGGCAGAGCCUUUUGGUUUGAAUGAAGAUGUAACAGUUGUUUUCUCUUACCCAUUAUUGAGUUACAUCCCCACAAACAUCUGUCAUAUAUCCAUUUUGGUCUCUAGGCAAGUUGUUAUUCCAUAUGGGGGUCUCAGUGAAACAAGCUUAAGUGAGAUAUAUUUACUAAUUAUGGAAAAAAAAUGGAAAAACACCCAUGUUACCUUCCUGGCUGUUUUGGAGGAAAGGCCAAUUAACCAAGUUGUUGAGAACCUUGAGACGCGACUUUUUUUUUUAGGGUCUUCCGUGAAUGCCAAUAACAUUCUUCAUUCAUUCAUUCUUCUCCAGCCACAGUCAGGUAUCUUGACAUUCUCUGUUCUAAAGUAGGCAUAAUAAUAAUGAAAGAGUUUAUUUUGUUUCAUCUAUGCCAACUAUGUGGUCGCUUUUAAAUGCAGGAAAAAAUAAAGACUUCUUCUUCCUUUGGUUCUUUAAAAUAAGCAUGUAAAAUGUGUGAAUAAAUAUAA